UUCCUCAGCCACCAUCCCUAGCUCCUGUGGCUGCUCACAGAAUGGGAAAGCGGAUCCUUUCGCAAAGCAGUUUAUUUUUGUUUCGUGACAAGAGAAACAAUUACCCCAGGCUGAGCAUUAUUUCAAAAGUCUAAAUUCAGAUCACCAGCGAUUGGAAAGUGUCACACUUAAAAUACGACACCCCAGGAAGGUACAAGAAGUCUGCCUGAAUCCGAGCGUGCACCAGUGAGUGGGUAGCGGGUUGGAAAUCUCUGAGAGCGAGUCUCUUCUUCCCUGGCAGGAGCUGCCCCUCCCCCACCUCCGCUACACCGAGGGCUCACUGGGGAGGGGGCUGGGUCGAUCCUCGCCGGCUCCCAGGUUGGAGAAAGCCACGGGCUUCCCACCACCACCACCAUAUCCUCCAUCCACCCACCCACGGCUCGCCGGACCGCCAGCGCGGAGUGAUGGAGGCCUCCUGGCUGGAGACCCGCUGGGCGCGGCCCUUGCACCUAGCUUUGGUGUUCUGCCUGGCGCUGGGGCUGAUGCAGGCCAUCAAGCUCUACCUGCGGAGACAGCGGCUGCUGCGUGACCUGCGCCCCUUCCCGGGGCCGCCCGCCCACUGGCUCCUAGGACACCAGAAGUUUCUUCAGGAUGAUAAAAUGGAGAAGCUUGAUGAGAUUGUCAAAAAGUAUUCUUGUGCCUUCCCCUGCUGGGUAGGGCCCUUCCAGGCAUUUUUCUACAUCUAUGACCCAGACUAUGCCAAGAUAUUUCUGAGCAGAACAGACCCAAAGACCCAAUAUGUGCACCAGUUCAUGACUCCAUGCAUUGGGAGAGGACUCCUGAAUCUAGAUGGCCCCAGGUGGUUUCAACACCGCUGCCUCCUAACUCCUGCAUUCCAUCACGAUAUCCUGAAAACAUGUGUGGACCUGAUGAUCCACUCUGUGAACACGAUGCUGGAUAAAUGGGAGAAGAUUUGGAGUGCUCAGGAAACAACCAUGGAGGUUUUUGAACACAUCAACUUGAUGGCCCUGGACAUAAUCAUGAAAUGCGCUUUUGGCCAGGAGACCAACUGCCAGAUAAACGGCACCUAUGAGCCUUAUAUGAAGGCAACAUUUGAACUUGGCGAAAUUAUAUCUUCUCAUUUGUACAAUUUCUGGCAUCAUCAUGACCUAAUUUUCAAAUUCAGCCAUAAGGGCCACAGCUUCCAGGAGUUAGGCAAAGUGAUAUAUCAAUACACAGAAAAGAUAAUCCAAGACAGAAAGAAACUCCUCAAGGAUGGAGUAAAGCAGGAUGACACUCAAAAGUCUCAAGAUUUUCUAGAUAUUGUCCUUUCUGCCCAGGCUGAAGAUGAGAGAGCUUUCUCAGACGCCGACCUGCGGUCUGAGGUGAACACCUUCAUGUGGGCAGGACACGAUGCCUCUGCAGCCAGCAUCUCCUGGCUCCUCUACUGCCUGGCUCUGAACCCUGAGCAUCAGGACAGAUGCCGGACAGAGAUCAGGAGCAUCCUGGGAGAUGGGUCUUCUAUCACCUGGGACCAACUGGAUGAGAUGUCGUACACCACAAUGUGCAUCAAGGAGACUCUCCGCUUGAUUCCUCCCAUCCCUUCCAUCUCCCGAGAGCUCAGCAAGCCCCUUACCCUCCCAGAUGGACACUCACUGCCUGCAGGAAUGACUGUGGUUCUUAGUCUUUGGGGUCUCCACCACAACCCUGCUGUCUGGAAAGACCCAAAGGUCUUUGACCCCUUGAGAUUCACUAAGGAGAAUUCUGAUCAGAGACAUCCCUGUGCCUUCCUGCCAUUCUCCAGUGGCCCAAGGAACUGCAUCGGGCAGCAGUUUGCCAUGCUGGAGUUAAAGGUGGCCAUUGCCUUGAUUCUGCUCCGCUUCCAAGUGGCUCCAGACCUCACCAGGCCUCCUGCCUUCUCCAGCCACAUUGUCCUCAGACCCAAGCAUGGAAUCUAUUUGCACCUGAAGAAACUCCCUGAAUGUUAGAUACAAGGAGACAAUGACUAAAUCUCUUUUUGUCUUUAAGUUAAAUUUAUAGCCAAUGGUCCAGGCAAAUGGAGAGGACUCUAAGUCUGAAGGCAGAGUUGGAGGAUGGUGGGAUGAGGCAGCAGCACAUUACCCAAAGACAUUUUCAGAUAACACAGGUGACCCUGGAUAUGUAUGACUUAGAGAGAUUUUCAAAUUGUCUUCUAAUGAUUACUACCAAGCCAAUCACUGGGUGACUUCUAUAUACUUUCUGCUUUUUAAUAGUUUUCAGAAUUACACAAAUAAUAGGAGAAUGGAUGUGUGCUGAAUGAAAAAUUUUUCCAGCACUAGGAAGUGUAGAUAAAAUCUCACCUGGGCUGUACCCUCUGUUCUGACAGAGCCUACUGCUUUCCCUUAAAGCAGAGUAAUUUAGUGUGCAUUCUUCCUGACUCUUUCCUGCAUAUUCCAUAUAUAAUGUCUGUGUGUUUUCUUAGACAUGGGAUCAUAUCUGCACUGUUCUUGCAUUUUCUCACUUAAUAAAAAAAUCUACCCUAAUCAUUACCCUAAGAUUGUGCUCGUCUACAGUGUGAAUGUCCUAUGACUCUUUAACUAUUUUUACCAUUGUCUAGUUAAAUAGUUAUGAUUUUUAAAUGUAUUUAACCAGUGUUCUCUACCUCCCCACCCCCAUGUGUGUCCAGGCAUAUGGAGGCUAACGGUCAACCUCAGAUGCCAUUUUUCAGAUUCCAUCUACCCUUUAUUUUCAGACAGGAUAGCUUACUUGCCUAAAGCUCACCUGGUAGGUUAUACUAGAUAGCUAAUGAGCCCCCAUGAUCUGCCCGUCUUUACCUCACCAGCUCUAGGAUUACAACCAUGUGCCAUCAUGCCUGGCUGUUUUUACAUAGGUCCUGGGGAUUUGAACUUGGGUCUUCAGGCUUGCAUAGCAAGAUUUUACCUAUUGAGCUACCUGUCUUGUCCCUAUCUUUAUUGGGGUAACACCAUCUAUCUUUGUUUUCUAUGUUUUUUUUUCUUCCUUAUCCAUAUAUCCUUUAUAUAAUAUGGAUAAUAAUUCUUGCUUAUAACUUUUCUUUGUAAUUUUUCAGAUUCCUUUGCUCUUAUUAACUGUAGGUAUGGUAUCUUUUAUAUAUGAAAUUCUUUGAUUUUCAUGAAGUAAAAUACACACUGCAGGGCAGUGGUGGCACAUGCCUUUAAUCCCAGCACUCAGGAGGCAGAG